UUAUUAUUUUAGGGAACGGCUGCCCCUUUUUUAUAGCCGUAAUGGAGAAGUCUCUAGUGGGCGGAUGUUGUCUUGUGCUCGGUCGAGAGGCCGUUAUAAAAUUGGCCUCUCCCUAACACCAGAACCAAAGAAGAAUUCAUCAACUCGUGAGCUUAGAUUAUUGUUGAGAGAGAUAGAGAUAGAAAGAGAGAAAUGAGUUUGUUGUCUUCUUCCUGGGUUUUGUUUUCAAGCGCCAUGAAUGAUUAAACAAGCUAGCCAGACCCACCCCCAAGAUUGCCUUCUUCUGCCUUCUCUUCUUUUCGUUCCCUCCCAACCGACUUCAUUCCGUUGACAUUGAUAGAUACAUACAUACAUCACAAAAACAGAGCAAAACCAAACCUAACCCAACCCACAACCCAGAGCUUCUUCUUCUUCUUCUUCAAUGUCUUCUCCUGAUCUCUUCGUCUUCGACGAUUCUUUCCUCUCCGAUCAGCUCUCUCCCUUCGCCGAUUCCGCUGCCAUUGAAAUCCUGCAACCCAGCCCUCUGCAAAACCCCGCCAACGACUCCAUUUACCUGCCCCAAAUUCCCGCCACCGUCUUCUCCACUUCGCCUCCCAGCCACCAGCUCCAGAGCCUCACGCUCUCCCAAUUUCCGGAUUUGGCCGUGAAAACAGAGCAAGUUCCGGCUCCUCUUCAUCUUCAUCUGCCUUGCGAGUUUGACUCGCUCGGGAAUGUGGCGAAGAUGAUGCAGAGGAAUUUCGGCAGCCACUCAUUCGACAGCAAGCUCGAUUUCUUGCUCCAACCUUACUUUGAUGGUCUAAUGGAGUCGCCCAGUUUCAACCCCUACCCGAUGAGCUCGCCGGAGACCUGCUUCUCGGGCAGCCAAAUAAGACGUGUCUGCAGCACCGGCGACCUGCAGGCGACGAAGACAAGCCAGGGGAACCACAGGCCGGUUUCAAGCCCAUUAUCUGUUGCGGCACAGAGCUCAUUCAUGGAGGAAGCGAAUUCCAAAGUGGGACGAUACAGUGCAGAGGAAAGGAAAGAGAGGAUUCACAGGUACAGAGCAAAGCGAAACCAGAGAAAUUUCAACAAGACAAUCAAGUAUGCAUGUCGAAAAACACUAGCCGACAACAGGCCAAGGAUACGAGGGAGAUUCGCAAGAAACGACGAAACUGGUGAGAUCCCCAAAGCUGCCCCUUUUCAACGCUACGAAGACGAAGACGAACUCUGGAUUGGUGGGAUGAAUGAAGAAGACGUGGGGGGAGGAGCAAUGUACAACAACAUUCUGGGACCAACCCCGCAGCUUCAGUACUACGGCUACUGAUAAUUGAAAGCAGCCAACGCUUACGGACGUCAUUACUGCUUAGAUCCGGACCACCUGAUGACAAGGCUAUUUUUCCCAACCAAACAAAUUCAGCAAUGGAAGGGCAUCAUUGAUUGAAUAAGUUCAUCUAUAUAUAUAUAUAUAUGUGUAUGUAUGUAUGUAUGUGUAGGUGCUUGUUGUAGGAAGCCGACAAGGCUCAGCUGACGAUUUACAGUAACUACAGUUAUCAUGCGAUCUAAAUCUCUCUCUCUCUCUGUAAUUCAAUUUAUAUGAUUAAAAAAUGAUAAGGGUAUUUU